AUGGCUGACAAUGCCACCGAUGAGGCGGAAGUCACCGGAGCCGGCUCGUACCAAGGUGCGGAAGGUGCAGGAGAUCUCGGAGCAUCCAUGGCAGACUCAGAUGAUGAGCACAGCAACAAUGCCAUGCCUGACGGACUUGAUGAGGAGGCUGUGUUGCGAGAUCUUACUUCCAACGUUCGUGACCAGGACGACCUUGAACGUGACAUCACAUACCAGGCCAAUCUCACCCUCAUUGAAGCUGAGGAUAAGAAGGACGACAAACGUAUCGAGCGUCUGAGAGCCAACAUUAGAAACUUCCAGUCACAGAAGGAUGUCCAGGAGCUCAAGUUUCGCAGAGCCAUCGGCAAGCCGGAGGUCAAGGCCAAGAUCCGCCAGGAGAUUGCUCGUCUCGAUUCAGAGAUCGAAUUUGCGACGAAGGACAUCGUGGAUUUCCAGUCUCGCAUCGAGCAGCGACACCAGUCCCAGACCGAUGGCACUGACCUGGCUCAUGGCGGCAGUAAGAAAAUGCCGAAUGAGUCUCACCGCGAGUUUCUCAUCCGCACCGGCAAGAUCACCCCCUUCGCCAACAUCGGAGGUCCACGACCUGCUGGUGUCCAGGGCGAGCUGGCUAACGUCUUGGUCGAUGCUGAGGAAGAGGCAGUCGCCGAGGAGUUGGAGGAAACCAAUGCCAACGCACCCCGUUCCCAUCAGAAUCUACGUGCUCCAGGGUUUGCUGAUGCUGAGGCCGAGGACCUCAAUGCUGUUACCGCCGCUGCCCGGUCGGAGUUCUCGUUACGCUCGCGAAAGCCCGCACCCUCUCGCAAGAAGCGCAGAAUAGAUCCAAGUGGAGAUUCGUCAGACGAAUACACUCCCGCAGCUCAGGCUUCACGCACUGCUGCACCGGAUGACUUCAUUGACGAUGGUGAAUCCGAGGAUGACUAUGACUUGACGGAGCGCCCUCGUAAGAAGCCCGCCAGGGCCGCCAAAGGCCAAGGAGAUGGCAAGAUCAACAUCAGCCAGAUCGACGACGGCAAUGAGAACAACUAUCAGAGCAGACUGGCUGACUGGUCUGAGCGAAGGAGCCGAGCAAGAGUGCAACAGCAUCUCAAAGACGGUGACCAUGCUGCUGCUGCGGCCAGCGCCUCCACGGAUCAAGAGCCUGAAGAGUACAUGCCGCAUCCGGAGGAGCCCGAUCACCCUCUCGAGUACGGUCUCAAGCUCCCUGGAGACAUCUACCCUGCUCUUUUCGACUACCAGAAGGUUGGCGUGCAAUGGCUUGCGGAGCUCUGGAACCAGAAGGUCGGCGGCAUCGUGGGAGACGAGAUGGGCCUUGGAAAGACUGUUCAAGUCAUUUCUUUCAUUGCGGCGUUGCAUUACAGCAAACAGCUUACUGGACCUGUCAUCGUCGUUGCUCCUGCCACGGUCAUGACACAGUGGGUCAAUGAGUUUCAUCGAUGGUGGCCCCCUAUGCGUGUCUCGAUCCUCCAUUCUUCAGGAAGCGGCAUGGUGAACGUCAAAAACGAGGACCGUCUUGUCGAAAACGAACUUCGCUGGGGCGAUAAUAGAAACGCGCAGAAGACCUCGAGUCCGGCCGCGAAGAAGAUUGUCGACCGCGUUGUCAAACAUGGUCAUGUUCUUGUCACAACUUAUGCCGGACUGCAGACCUACGGUGACCUUCUCGUGCCUGUACAAUGGGCGUAUGCUGUUCUGGAUGAGGGCCACAAGAUCCGCAACCCUGAGACUGCUAUUACCAUCUAUUGUAAAGAACUCCAGACUCCCAAUCGCAUCAUCCUGUCUGGCACGCCAGUCCAGAACAACCUCCAAGAGUUAUGGUCUCUCAUCGACUUCAUCUUCCCCAUGCGCCUCGGUACUCUCAUGGACUUCAAGAGAGAGUUCGAGGUUCACAUCAAGCUUGGCGGCUAUGGGAAUGCAACGAACCUGCAGAUCAUGACUGCAGAGAAGUGUGCGCAAACACUCAAGGAUACCAUCAGCCCCUAUAUCCUGCAGCGCCUCAAGGUUGACGUCGCCGCCGAUCUUCCCAAGAAAACCGAGCAAGUUCUCUUUUGCAAGCUGACCCUUCCCCAGCGUGAAGCAUAUGAGCAGUUCCUUGGGUCUGGCGAGAUGGAGGCCAUCUUCAAGCGAUCUAGGCAGGCUUUGUAUGGCAUCGGCCACCUUCGCAAGAUCUGCAAUCACCCUGAUCUGACCAACGAAAGGUUGAAACAUCAACCUGGUUACAAGUGGGGUGCAGCUAACAAGUCCGGCAAGAUGCAGGUUGUGAAGGCUCUGCUGCAGACCUGGAAGAAGUAUGGACACAAGACUCUUCUCUUCUGUCAGGGCCCACAGAUGCUCGACAUUCUCGAAGCGUUCGUGCAGCGCCAGGGAGGCGUUCGCUUUCUCAGAAUGGACGGCAAGACUCCAAUUAAGGAGAGACAGACGCUCGUGGACCGAUUCAACAACAACCCUGAGAUCGAGUUGUUCUUGCUGUCAACCAAAGUCGGCGGCCUAGGCCUGAACCUGACCGGUGCGAAUCGUGUCAUCAUCUACGACCCCGACUGGAACCCGUCAACCGAUGUUCAAGCUCGUGAAAGAGCCUGGCGCCUGGGUCAGAAGCGCGAGGUUGUCAUCUACAGACUCAUGAGUGCCGGCACCAUCGAGGAGAAGAUCUACCAUCGACAAGUCUACAAGCAAUUCCUGAGCAACAAGGUUCUCAAGGAUCCGACACAGCGCACCGGGUUCGCUAACCACGACCUUCACGACCUGUUCAGUCUUGGCAGUGCCAACGAGGACCAGACGGAGACCGGCAAGCUUUUCCAAGGAUCUGAGGUCAAGUUUGGACCGGCCUCUGCUGGCAAUGGCGAGGCUGGUCUGGCCACAUCGGCUUCCAGUGGCCCACUCACGGUCAACACAAAUGGCAAGGGAAAGGGCAAAGCCACUGCAGACGGUGCCGGCGAGGAAGAAGUUGCCACCGCCGACGAUGAGGCUGAGCUGCGCAACAUCGAGGGUGUUAACAGCACCGAGUUGUAUCGAGACGACGACGAGGACAAGCCUGCCCUGACCGAGGAGGCCCGGAUGAUGGAAGGCAUCUUUGCGCGCUCCGGCGUGCACUCGGCCCUGGAGCACGAGAACAUCAUCAACAGCAGCGGCAAGCCGCAGGCCAACCGCGCCAUGCUCCAGCGCGAGGCCGACCGCGUCGCCAACCAGGCCGCUCUGCUGCUGCGCCGCUCGGCCAACCAGGCCCGCAACAUCCCCAUCGGCACCGUGACGCCCUUCGACGAGAACAGCCGCGCCCGCGGCGGCGCCACCUUCAGCCUGCCCACGCAAUCGCAGGGCCCGAGCAGCGUACGCCGCGGCCGCGCUGGCCCGUCCUCGAGCGCCGUGCUCGCCGGCCUCCGGGACCGGCAAGGCCUGUCAGCACCUUCGACGCCAGCGGGCCGCUCCGGGGGCACGUCGAGCGGGGCGUCGUCGGCGCGGGGCGGCACGCCGACGGGGGCAGCGCCGGCGCCCAGCGUGACGAUGCGGAUGCGGGACUUUGAGCGCAUGAUCCCGGACUUCAUCCGGCGGCACGGCGGGCAGGUGCCGACCAAGCUGCUGGUCGACCACUUCAACCAGUACUGCAUCACGUCGCAGCAGACGGACGAGUUCAAGGCGGCCCUGGGCCGCGUCGCCAAGAUGGAGAAGAAGGGCGGCAGCCUGCGGGGCAUAUGGGGCCUCAAGGCGAAUGCCUGA